CCACGACACUCACUAGGCUAAUUUCAUUAAAGAGUUCUCUUUUUAUAGUUGUUGACUUUAAACUCUUUUUUUUUUUUUAAUGGAAAGGAAUUCCUCUAGUAAUUUAAAAAGAAAGUUCAACUUUUUAAACUAAAGAUUGAAACUUUGUAUGAAAAUGCUUAGAUAGAAUCGUAGAAAUACAACAAAACUAACCAAUCAAGAGUGGGGCAGCCGGCAGAAGAACAAGAAACAUCUUAAGAUUACGGCAGAGGAUCCACACUCCCCAACUGCCAACGACCCCAUCUUCUCAACCCCACACCACACUUAAAUGUGUCAGCCACGUUUUAACUUUUUUAGCAAAACUCUUAACUGUAAACCUUUAUUUUAAAUCAAUAAAUAAAAAUUAACCCAAUUAAUGUGAUCCCUCACAAAUACGUCUCUCUACUCUUUCACAAUCCAAACUUUAAACUAUUGCUUAACAUUGGUUAUGGCUAUGGCUAUGGCUUCCUCCACUUUUCUAUGUGUUUCUCUUUUGGUCUUUCUUCAUCUCCAACCAGCAGCUCCUUCUUCCGUUGGGGACCUUUUAUCUCCUAUUCUCGCGCCUGUCUUCGAUGAUAUCUGCAAACCAGUGCAAUGUGGCAAAGGCACUUGUAAGGCUUCAAGUGACACUACUUUCUUGUUUGAAUGUGUUUGUCAACCUGGGUGGAAGCAGACUACUUCUAACCAAACUGAUCACCUCAAAUUUCUCCCUUGUGUCAUUCCCGAUUGUACCAUGGACUACUCUUGCACUAAAGCACCUUCUGUUAAAGACAAAGCAACCAAACCAGAUGAUACAGUUUUCGAUCCAUGCCGAUGGAGCGAAUGUAGAGCUGGUUCCUGCAAUGCAACUUCAGCUUUCACUUACGAUUGCAAAUGUCCAGCCGGUUAUUCGAAUCUUUUGAACAUCUCUAGUUUCCCCUGCUUCCAAUCAUGUGAACUUGGAAUGGACUGCUCAAACCUCGGGUUAUUCCCAACAAAUAAUUCUUCUCCUUCGACGCCAUCAGCCGCUGACAAUAGCAAGAAUCAAGCUAGCUCAAUUUCUCAAGGACAUUCUCUUUGGUUAAUAAUCACAAUGGUGUUCGUUUCAAUGAUUAUGUCGAAUCACAACUAGUAAUGCACUGAGGAUUCUGGAGCCUAUUCUGCAUAGCUUAUGUACAAAUUUCUUAUAGGUGCAUCAGUGCAUACUUUUGAUUAUCCACUCCACACAAUCACAUCUUUAUGAUUGAUUUUUGGUUAGCUAUUACGACUUAAUGAUAAAUUAUCAGUAUUUUAUAAAUAAGUGGAUACAGAAGGAGAGGUUAUGUUUGGCUGAGCCCUUUUUUCCUGAGAUAUUCAGUCAAAUAUGUUAUUUGUUAAUAUGAAAAUGAAGAUAUCUUGCUCUA